AGUUGAAAGAAAUAGUCCCUGCUGCCGUAGGUCAAAAUUGAUCCAUUCACCGUCGAAGUGAUCUAUUAGAUCUGUAAAACUUCAAAUUUGAAUCAGAUUAGGGAUUCAGCUUCAGAUUGCACACGAGAAUGAGGAAUUUGGAGACACUGUCAAUCGUUGUAGUGCUGGUCCUGUUGCUGGGGUCGAAUUUCGGCGGUGCCGUAGCAAAGCCUAAAUCCGCAUCUGAUUUCGUGAAGAAGACUGUUUCUUCUCAUACCAUCGCGAUUUUCUCCAAAUCCUACUGCCCAUACUGCAGAAGGGCCAAAGCUGUCUUCAAGGAAUUGAACCAGGAGCCAUUCGUCGUUGAACUUGACGAGAGAGAUGAUGGCAGAGAUAUUCAGGAUGCUUUGAUCGAGCUUGUCGGGAGGCGAACAGUACCUCAGGUUUUUAUAAACGGAAAGCAUCUCGGAGGCUCUGAUGACACUGUCGACGCAUACGAAAAUGGAGAACUGGCGAAGCUUCUAGGCAUCGAGAGUGAAGGCGACGAGGAACUUUAAGGUGCUUGCAAAUUGAUUUCUACGGCACACAGUUACCCGGUAAGCAGUAAACAUUCGUAACAUUUUAUUCGAUUCGAUUCGAGGCAGUACAAAACAAUGUCAGGGUUAUUACCCCUUUUCUAAAAUGGCUCACUUCUAGUGCCUUCAAUUUUAAGGAUGUCUGAUCGAUUGUAUUUACACUUUUACAUAUAUUCAUAUUGAAAGUUUUGGGUACCAUGCUUUUCAAUA